AUGCUGUCUCGAAUGACGCGGCGGACGAGGUUGCAUUCUCGUCAUAAUCGAUUCCUGAGCGCCGUGAGGAUGCAGACCAUCGGAGACCAAACGUUCGUGAACCCACGGGAUACCCGCCUAGCAUACGCUGAUAUCAUCGGCGAGGAAAGUCUAAGUGGCAAAUUGAUCAGUGCUGGACCGAUCUUGGAGCGAAUCGACAUCUUCGGGGCUGCGGUCGCCGAAAAUGUGGCGUGCAAAGGUAUCGCCACAAUCUCGGUAGACCGCGUGGAUUUUAAGAGCCAGAUCGCGCAUGGUGACCUCGUGCGGCUAGAAGGCGAGGUAAUUUACACUGGAAGUUCGUCACUAGCUGUUCAAAUUACUGGGUACCGCCACGAUAUCGAAGCCGGCAAGUUCAUCCAUACUCUGAGCGCUAUCAUGACGUGCGUGGCACUGGACGAGAACAUGCGUCCAAGUCCGGGACUCCCAAAGCUAUUGGACCCACUCGACCCGGAGUACGUAAGGAAACACGAGGAGAUUGCAGCCCAGCGCAAAGAACUUGCUGCUCGAUGGCGUGAGGUCCAGGAAGAAGUGGACCAGUUGCCGCAUGUGUCGGUCGAUAUGCUCAAGAAGCACGACAACGGCCGAUCACUCGAAGUGCCCAUCCCAGACACGCUGAUCGAAGUGCAGAGCUCCUUCUUGCCCAAGCAUUUGAACCGGAACAACACGAUUUUCGGCGGUGAAGUGCUCACGUGGAUGGACAAAGUGGCACUAUAUUGCGCUCGCAACUUCACCAAGAAUCAGAACAUGGUCACCGUGUCCAUGAACCGAAUCUUCUUUAAACUCCCGAUUACUAUGGACGACAUCGUAACGAUGCACGCGCGUAUCAGCAGCGUCCGUCGCCACCAUCUGGAAGUCGAAGUCGAAGUGUUUGUCGGUCGCAUUGGUUCUAACGAACGCCGCAAGUCUCAUACAGGGUAUUUUACUGUUGCGAACCUGGAUCGCUCGUACCGCAUGAAGCAGAUCUCUACCGGACUCAAGGUGGACGAAAACGACCAGGAGAGCAUGCGCACAUUGCUCAAGGCACAACACCGAUGGACGUUCGACGACCAAGAGCUCAAAUUGCUAACACUCGAGCCGCUUUCCUUGUCCACGCCUGCUAAAUUGUGA